GUGAAGAAGAAACUGAUUAGUUAUCUUGCUUCAAUUGAAUAUAUAUCGUAUUUAAAUAAUUUCUGGUAAAAAAAGAGUCCAUUGAUUUCGAAAUUCUUGAGCAAUAAAAAUACGCUAUAUAUCUGCCAAUCAAAAAUCCUAGAAAUAAUUGUAAAUUCAGAAAUUGCAUUAUAGUUAUAUAGCUUAUGCUAUUUUGAUCUGAAUUGAGGAGGGAACGGUGUCCAUUUGGAAAAGAUGGGAUUCAAUAAUCUCGUUUUGCCUAUCCAGACGAUCACAACAACACGCACGAAGCUAUCUAAGAUAAACAAGGACAAGGAAGAUAUCGUACGUUGGAUCUUGAAAUUCGCAGGACGUCGUAAGAAGAUUCUCUUCUUAAUCUCCACUCUUGUCUUCAUUCGCCUCCUUUAUCUCUGGAAAGGUGAAGAUGGUCAGAAAGUUGAAGUUCCUCCGAGUGUGCCUUACAAUGGCAUUACAAAUAAAGAGCAAAUAAGCAAUAUCCACAACAAUUUAUCUUACGUGAGGAAAUCCGUUAAAGCGUAUCGGCCUCGUCCUCCUCCAUAUUUUCGUGGCUAUAAACUUCCUCAAGACCAUCCAUGUAACAGAUUCACUCUACCUCCUCCACCAGCUGACAAGAAGAGAACCGGACCACGCCCAUGUCCGGUUUGUUACCUUCCAUUAGAAGAAGCAAUCGGUUUGAUGCCAAGCUCACCGUCGUUUUCCCCUGUUCUCAAGAAUCUAACAUAUAUACAUGAGGAACCACUAAACCGGAAAACAGAGUUUGGAGGGUCAGAUUUUGGCGGUUAUCCGACUUUGAAACAGAGGAAAAGAUCUUUUAAUAUCAAAUCAUCGAUGAGCGUUCAUUGCGGAUUUGUUAAAGGACGUGAACCAGGAAGAGGAACAGGAUUUGAUAUCGAUGAGACUGAUCUUCGUGAAAUGAAACGAUGUCGAGGGAUAGUUGUUGCUUCAACAGUAUUUGAUGCUUUCGAUGAUGUGAAGAGCCCGAGCAAUAUUAGUAAAUAUUCAGAGCAAACUGUUUGCUUCCUCAUGUUUGUUGAUGAAAAAACCGAAUCAAGCUUGAAGAAAGAUAAAGGCUUUAAUAGAACCACCAAGAAAGUAGGAUUAUGGAGAGUUGUCGUUGUUCAUAAUCUUCCUUAUACAGAUGGAAGGCGAAACGGAAAGGUGCCAAAGCUUCUUGUCCAUAGGCUGUUUCCGAAUUCUCGUUAUUCGUUAUGGAUUGAUGGAAAGUUGGACCUUGUGGUCGAUCCACAUCAAAUUCUCGAGAGGUUCUUGUGGAGGGAAAAUGUCACGUUUGCAAUCUCUAGACAUUACAAACGGUUUGAUGUAUUUGUUGAAGCCGAAGCAAAUAAAGCUGCUGGUAAAUAUGCUAAUUCGUCUAUCGAUUUUCAAGUGAAUUUCUACAAGAAAGAGGGUUUAACACCUUAUUCUUCUGCCAAGCUCCCAAUCACAAGCGAUGUACCAGAAGGAUGUGUCAUUUUAAGAGAGCAUGUACCAAUUAGUAAUCUGUUUACUUGCCUUUGGUUUAAUGAAGUUGAUCGCUUCACUUCUAGAGACCAAAUCAGCUUCUCAACAGUAAGAGACAAUAUAGCCGCAAGAACAAAAUGGAAUGUGAACAUGUUUAUGGACUGCGAAAGACGCAACUUUGUGGUUCAGAGAUAUCAUCGAGUAGAUCAAGAGAAACUGAAGAAGAAACAAUCUCCAAUGGCCAUUAUUUCUCCACCGGCGUUGAUCAGCAGCGAUUUGCCUAGAAAGUUGUCGAAGGUGAGUCCAGUGGUGAGCAUAACGCCGCCCAGAAUGCGAGGAAGAGACAAACAAUAGAGUUCAAGGAGUCACUCUCACAUAUAAGCUACUUUGCCUGCAAGAUCACCAGAAACAGCUCAAGGAGAAUUGGUUGGUUACUUAACUCAUAUGAUUCAAAAUCAAUCUUCUAAUGUAUAUAUAUAUGCACUACAAAACGAGCAUUAUAAGUGGACAUUAGAUUAUAAAGAAAGUUUCUUAUAAGAUGCAUCAUUCCUAUCUCAAAGGGUCUUUAUAAAUUCACAUUAGCAAUUUAGCAUGUGUAGGAAAUUUUGUGUAUAGCAAGGCUCUGCCAUCGAUUUCACAUGCAUGAAGUGCUUACUAUGUAUUUGUCUCCAAUAAUCUAUAAAAGAAAAACCAAUGUACUUAUGGAAUUUCUCAUUCAUAAUCUCAUAUUUAUC